CAAAAGUGUUUCUUCGCUCGAAUCUCUGGUAGAUAUCGGGUUACUGGACUGGUCGCCUCUUGAUCAACCUUGAUGUUUGCCAGUCAAUGUUAAGGGUAUAUGUCUUGAGUUCUUUUCCACUAUUCUUCUUUUAUUCUUGUUUGUUUUCUCCCAUAAUCUUCCCACGCUCUUUCGAGGUUGUGUGGAGUUUGGGCGUGUUAAGAUACCCUGGGAAGAAGACUACCCUUGUACACUGUUGUUCCUUCAUUUCCAAGUUUACACCAUGAUGGCUAUGAUGAUUAGACCCUGAGAGAUACCAUUGAACAUAAAUAUCAAGAAAUAUAAUAAGACCGGAGUCUUACAUUGACAUACACAAAUC